GGACUGCGCAGGCGCAGGCAGGUGCGGGCGGGGCGGCGGCGCAGGCGCAGAAGCAAGCUCCUCCUCGGCGGUCGCUAACCUCGUGGGCCGGCUCGGCUGUUCGCUGCAGCGAGGGGAGUCCAGCCUUGGUUUUGGCGGCAUCCAUCGUGGGCAGCGGACUAGGAAAGGUCAUGGCGCCGGCGGAAAUCUUGAACGGGAAAGUGGUCUCCACGCAAAUAAGGGAGCAACUGAAGAGCCAGGUCACUCAGAUGAAGGAGCAAGUACCUGGUUUCACACCAGGCCUGGCGAUAUUACAGGUUGGCAACAGAGAUGAUUCCAAUCUUUAUAUAAAUGUGAAGCUGAAGGCUGCAGAAGAGAUUGGGAUCAAAGCCACUCACAUUAAGUUAUCAAGAACGGCCACAGAAGCUGAGGUAUUAAAGUACAUUACGUCUUUGAAUGAAGACCACACCAUACAUGGGUUCAUCGUGCAGCUACCUUUAGAUUCAGAGAAUCCCAUUAACACUGAAGCAGUGGUCAAUGCUAUUGCACCUGAAAAGGAUGUAGAUGGAUUGACUAACAUCAGUGCUGGAAAACUUGCUAGAGGUGACCUCAAUGACUGUUUCAUCCCUUGUACACCUAAAGGAUGCCUGGAACUCAUCAAAGGGACAGGGGUGCAGAUUGCCGGAAGGCACGCUGUGGUGAUCGGGCGCAGUAAAAUAGUCGGUGCCCCCAUGCAUGACUUGCUUCUGUGGAACCACGCCACAGUGACCACCUGCCACUCCAAGACUGCCAAUCUAGACAAGGAGGUAAAUAAAGGUGACAUCCUGGUGGUUGCCGUUGGUCAGCCUGAAAUGGUGAAAGGGGAGUGGAUCAAACCCGGGGCAAUAGUCAUCGACUGUGGAAUCAACUACGUCCCAGAUGAUACUAAGCAGAAUGGGAGAAAAGUUGUGGGCGAUGUGGCAUUCAGUGAGGCCAAAGAGAGGGCGGGCUUCAUCACUCCUGUUCCCGGUGGCGUCGGGCCCAUGACGGUGGCAAUGCUAAUGCAGAGCACAGUAGAGAGUGCAAAGCGUUUUCUGGAGAAAUUUAAGCCAGGAAAGUGGCCGAUUGAGCAUAACAAGCUUAACCUCAAGACACCUGUUCCAAGUGACAUUGACAUAUCCCGAUCCUGCAAGCCAAAGUCCAUCAGUAAGCUGGCUCGAGAAAUUGGUCUGUUCUCUGAGGAGGUGGAAUUGUACGGUGAAACCAAGGCCAAAGUCCUGCUGUCAGUGCUGGACCGCCUGCGGCAGCAGCCCGACGGCAAAUACGUGGUGGUGACUGGAAUAACUCCAACGCCCCUGGGAGAAGGGAAAAGCACCACCACAAUUGGGCUGGUGCAAGCCCUCGGCGCCCACCUCCAUCAGAACGUCUUCGCGUGUGUACGGCAGCCUUCUCAGGGCCCCACCUUUGGAAUUAAAGGUGGCGCUGCAGGUGGUGGCUACUCUCAGGUCAUUCCUAUGGAAGAGUUUAAUCUGCACCUCACUGGUGACAUCCACGCCAUCACUGCAGCUAAUAACCUCGUUGCCGCGGCCAUCGAUGCCCGGAUGUUCCACGAACAGACUCAGACGGACAAGGCUCUCUUUAAUCGUUUGGUACCAUCAGUAAAUGGAGUGAGAAAGUUUUCUGAUAUCCAAAUCCGAAGGUUACGGAGACUAGGCAUUGAAAAGACCGACCCUACCACACUGACAGAUGAAGAGAUAAACAGAUUUGCAAGAUUGGAUAUUGAUCCGGAAACCAUAACUUGGCAAAGAGUGUUGGAUACCAAUGAUAGAUUCCUGAGGAAGAUCACAAUUGGACAGGCUCCGACGGAGAAAGGUUACACACGGACGACCCAGUUUGAUAUCUCUGUGGCCAGUGAAAUCAUGGCUGUCCUGGCUCUCACCAGUUCCCUGGAAGACAUGAGAGAGAGACUGAGCAAAAUGGUGGUGGCAUCCAGCAAGAAAGGGGAGCCCAUCAGUACCGAAGACCUGGGGGUGAGUGGGGCACUGGCCGUGCUCAUGAAGGACGCGAUCAAGCCCAACCUCAUGCAGACACUGGAGGGCACUCCGGUAUUUGUUCAUGCUGGACCGUUUGCCAACAUCGCACACGGAAACUCCUCUAUCAUUGCAGACCGCAUUGCACUCAAGCUUGUUGGGCCUGAAGGAUUUGUAGUGACGGAAGCAGGAUUUGGAGCAGACAUUGGAAUGGAAAAGUUUUUUAACAUCAAGUGCCGGUAUUCCGGUCUCCGCCCUCACGUGGUGGUGCUUGUUGCCACUGUCAGGGCUCUUAAAAUGCACGGAGGUGGCCCCACGGUUACUGCCGGACUGCCUCUUCCCAAGGAGUACAUAGAGGAGAACCUGGAGCUGGUGGAAAAAGGCUUCAGUAACUUGAAGAAACAAAUUGAAAAUGCCAGGAUGUUUGGGGUCCCAGUGGUGGUGGCUGUGAAUGCAUUCAAGACAGAUACAGAGACCGAGCUGGACCUCGUCAGCAGCCUCGCCAGAGAACAUGGGGCUUUCGACGCCGUGAAGUGUACUCACUGGGCAGAAGGGGGCAAGGGUGCCCUAGCGCUGGCUCAGGCCGUCCAGAAAGCAGCUCAGGCACCCAGCAGCUUCCGGCUCCUGUAUGACCUCAAGCUCUCUGUAGCGGAUAAAAUCAGGAUCAUCGCACAGAAGAUCUAUGGGGCAGAUGACAUUGAAUUGCUCCCUGAGGCUCAGCUCAAGGCAGAAGUCUACACGAAGCAGGGCUUUGGGCAUCUGCCCAUCUGCAUGGCCAAAACACACCUGUCCUUGUCUCAUAACCCAGAGCAAAAAGGUGUGCCUACCGGCUUCGUCCUGCCCAUUCGCGACAUCCGUGCCAGCGUCGGGGCUGGUUUUCUGUACCCCCUGGUUGGAACGAUGAGCACAAUGCCUGGACUCCCUACCCGGCCCUGUUUCUAUGACAUUGAUUUGGACCCUGUAACCGAGCAGGUGAAUGGGCUGUUCUAAACAGAUUGUCCAUCUUCAAGAAGCUACUUUGCAAGUUAGGCCAGUGUGUAUUCGGGCCUACGGGCAGGAGAGUGGAGAAGCCGAGAGAAGUCAGCCCCUGCCUCGAAGAUCUUCUGAAAGAAAUAGUGGGAGUUUCCCCCAAAGCCCUUCUUUGGUCUUAAUUCCUAUCAUCAUGUCUAAAUGAACAUAAAGCAUGCACACGUCUAUUUACUUUACUGAAAUUUCACAGAAUAAAAGAAAAUGAUUUUACUA